AUACCAUUGCGACCCCCUUUCAAAAGCAGGGGACGACACAUUUUCACACACUGUAACGUGCUUUUUCUCUCCCACGCGACGCACCCGCGCGUUGAUCCCACUCUCGCCAACCCUUCAACCGACCCCCAUUUUUGGUACCCCUUUUUUUGUAUCAUUGCACGUUUCCAAAUUUUGGGCUUUGGCUCCCCGUCACGAGAAAAAGUAGAAAAGCGCUUCAGCUGAUUGAGUUUCUACAUAGAGACGAUGAAUAAUAAUACAUCCUUUGAUAUGCAUACGACUGUAUGUAUGUAUUGUUGGUGAAGAGCCAACCCCUUAAUUUAUUGACUUUUGCUGUGUUUGGCGAGUUAUUUCUGCUCUUUUUGUUGGUGAAGAUGCUUUUGGUCAUGUGUUGUAGUGAGGCCUAAGGUACUAGGCACAACUGUAGUAGGGAGUUCCUUCCCUCAAAUGGGCUGCUUUCAUUCCACUUCAAGAAAGCAGUUUUCCAGACAUGAAGAUCCUGUUCUUCUCGCAUCUCAAACAGCUUUUAGUGUGAGUGAGGUUGAAGCAUUGUUUGAACUAUUUAAGAGCAUCAGUAGUUCUGUCAUUGAUGAUGGCCUUAUUAAUAAGGAGGAACUUCAAUUGGCGUUGUUUAAGAACCGGAAAAAAGAGAAUCUUUUCGCAAACAGGGUGGAACUUACUGGUCUCCUAACUCUUGAUGAUUGUGACCUUGAAGUUUCUUUUAAGCUAUAUGAUUUGGAUGGAACCGGAUAUAUUGAGCGGCAUGAGGUUAAGCAAAUGUUGAUUGCACUUCUAUGCGAGUCUGAGAUGAAGCUGGCUGAUGAAACAAUUGAGAUAAUAUUGGAUAAGACUUUUGUAGAUGCCGACAUUGAUCAGGAUGGAAAAAUUGGCAAGUCUGAGUGGCAUGAUUUUGUGACCCGAAAUCCUUCAUUGUUGAAGAUAAUGACACUCCCAUAUCUAAGGGAUAUAACCACGACAUUUCCUAGCUUCGUGUUCAACUCGGAGGUUGAUGAAUUUGCAACGUAAAACCAGUGCUCUAAAAAAAAUCUUUCUUUGUGAGCUUGUAGUUCAUAGGAAAUAUUUGAGUCAAGUGACACCAAGCAAUUCACUUUUAAAGAGGUAUUUUGCUCUGGCAUGAAUGUUUUUAGCCUUUUAGGGAAACAUCAUUCUUAUUGAUAUUUUUAUGAGGCCGUGGCUGUGUGAAAUUUUAGUACUGUCCCUUGUGCAUUUGAGGCUUUUUGUAUGUGCUAAGAUUAAUUGUUGUGAGGUACUAAGAAAGCUUAUUUGUUUUGAGUUGGUAAGAAGUAGCAUGUGCUAAAGGACGAGUUUACAUCUCCUCU